GUGAAGAUGAUGAAGUUUCGGUUCCGCCGCCAUCAGGGCCCCGACCCGCAGCGCGAGAAGCUCAAACAGGACCUGUUCUCCUUCAGCAAGACGGUGGAGCAUGGCUUCCCAAGUCAGCCCAGCUCCCUGGCCUUCGAUCCCCGGCUCCGACUCCUGGCGAUCGGCACCAAAUCCGGAGCUGUGAAAAUCUAUGGAGCCCCCGGGGUGGAGUUUACGGGGCUGCACAGGGAGGCGGCCACUGUGAUGCAAGUCCACUUCUUACCUGGACAGGGCCGGCUGCUGGCAUUACUGGACGACAACACCAUCCACCUGUGGGAGGUCGGCCAGAGGAGCAGCUUCUCUCACUUGCAGGAGAUCCGCAGCUUCUCGCUUCCCAGCCGCCCUGGUCUCGAUAGCAACAGUGCCCCCCCCGGGGUCAGUAAGGUGACGGUGCUGAUGGUGCGGUGGGGGGGUGACGCCGCGUGGCUCGGGACUGAGGGCGGGGCCGUCCACGUGCUGCGCCUCCCGGGCCUCGUCCUCCUCGACUCCCACAGCCUCGUCCCUGAGCAGCUCCUGCGCAGUGUUCCUGACGACUACAGGAGCGGGAAAGCCCUCGGACCCGUGGAGUCGCUCCAGGAACAUCCGACGGAUCCGGACAAGAUCCUGAUUGGCUACAGCCGGGGGCUGGUGUUACUGUGGGGGGCGCAGGCCCGGCAAGUGGAGGGUGUCUUCCUGGGCAACCAGCAGUUGGAGAGCCUGAGUUGGGAUCGCAGCGGACGGACGUUUGUCACCUCCCACAGCGAUGGCAGCUACAGUGUAUGGGCGGUCAGCACCGCGGGGACCAGGGGCACACCCCUCACCUCCUCUGUCCCCUACGGCCCCUUUCCCUGUAAGGCCAUCAACAAGAUCCUCCGCAGGACAUCUAGCACCGGGACCCCCUUUGUGCUGUUCAGUGGGGGGAUGCCAAGAGCCAGCUAUGGGGACCGUCACUGUGUGAGUGUGCUGCAGGGGGGGGCACACGUCACGCUGGACUUCACCUCCCGCGUCAUCGACUUCCUCACUGUGCAGAGCCCUGACCCCGAGCAAGAGUAUGAUGACCCCUCGACGUUGUUGGUGUUGGUUGAGGAGGAGUUGGUGGCUGUUGAUCUGGGGAGUGUGGGUUGGCCACUGCUGGCCGCCCCCUACCUGGCUCCCCUCCACUCAUCCGCCAUCACCUGCUCCAACCAUGUCUCCCACGUCCCGGCCAAACUGUGGGACCGUAUCGUCCAGGCUGGAGGGCAGCAGGCAGCUCAGCACUCGCGGGCGGAAUGGCCAAUCAACGGGGGAACCAACCUGGCCCCAGAGCCUGAGCACCAGAGCCUCCUGCUGACAGGACAUGAGGAUGGCACGGUCAGGUUCUGGGAUGCCUGUGGAGUGUCUCUGAAGCCUCUGUACCGGCUCGGCACAGCCAACGUCUUCCAGACAGAGACCGACCAUGGGGAGGGACUGGCCCCGUCCGGCGAGGAGGAGUGGCCACCGUUCCGCAAGGUUGGCUGCUUUGACCCGUACAGUGAUGAUCCUCGGCUGGGGGUGCAGAAAAUGUGUUUGUGUAAAUACAGUGGCCGCCUGGUGGUGGCUGGCACAGCCGGACAGGUGUUGUUGUUGGAGCUGGGGGAGUGUGAGGAGCAGGUGUUGGCUGUGGCUACGGUUGACCUACUGCAGGACCGUGAGGGCUUCACGUGGAAAGGUCACGACCGGCUGAUACCGCGGAGUGUCCCCGCCGGCCCGGCUCCUGGCUUCCAGCCGCGGCUCCUGGUGCAGUGCGUCCCCCCGGCAGCCGUCACGGCCAUCGCCCUCCACCCCGAGUGGCAGCUCCUGGCAUUCGGCACCAGCCACGGCUUCGGCGUCUACGAUUAUUGCCGGCUCCAGCCAGUGCUCAGCAGGUGUACGCUGCACCCGAAUGACUCUCUGGCGAUGGAGGGGCCGUUGUCCCGCGUGAAGUCACUGAAGAAAUCGCUGCGACAGUCGUUUCGGAGAAUCCGCAAGAGCCGCGUCUCUGGCAAGAAACGGCCAAUUCCUGGCAGCCCAGCCAGCAAGGUACAGGAGGCUAACGCAAGGCUGGCAGAGCAGGGGGGGCCGGAGGUGGAGGUGACUCCGGUGCAGAGACGUAUUGAGCCGCGCUCGGCCGAUGAUUCACUUUCCGGUGUCGUCCGAUGCCUCUACUUUGCUGACACCUUCCUUCGGGACGCCACACACCAUGGGCCAACGAUGUGGGCAGGUACGAACGCAGGCUGUGUUUACGCCUACGCCCUGGAGGUGCCGUCACGGGAGCGAUGGACGGAGCGGUCAGUGGGGGCUGUGCUGGGAAAGGAGAUCCAGCUGAUGCACCGGGCCCCGGUGGUGACGGUGACGGUGCUGGACGGCCGGGGGAAGCCCCUCCCUGAGCCGCUGGAGGCCUCUUGUGAUUUGGCCAAAGCCCCUGAGAUGCAGGGGGGCCACGCGGUGCUCAUCGUCUCCGAGGAGCAGUUCAAGGUGUUUACGCUGCCCAAGGUUUGCGCUAAAACCAAGUUUAAGCUGACGGCCCACGAGGGCUCACGCGUCAGGAAGGUCGGGAUCCUGAGCUUCGGCAGCGCCACCACAGCCGACUACAGCGAAGACGGGCUGGUGUGUCUCACCAACCUCGGCGACAUCCACGUGUUCACGGUGCCGGCCCUGCGGCCACAGGUUCAUUACGACUGUAUCAGGAAAGAGGACAUCAGCGGCAUCGCUUCCUGUGUCUUCACUCGGACCGGCCAGGGCUUUUACCUGAUCUCCCCCUCGGAAUUUGAGCGAUUCUCAUUGUCGGCCAGGAACGUGACGGAACCGCUGUGUGUGGUGAUGUGGGAGGGGCCCCGAGACCACCUGAGCCCAGCCCCCGCUCUCAGCAGUAACCCGGUGACGACUCCCAAGAGGAACCAGGUGAACGGAACACACAAGGUUCAGAGCAAAGAGGAGAUCUGCUCGUUAGGAGAGGUUGAAGGAGCCCUGGAGGACGUGCUCUCCACACCCGCACAGACACCGCUCGACUCUCCCAACAGCAGUGCUGACAUCACCCUGGAUACCACGGGAGACAUCACCCUGGAGGACGUGAAGGAUCAUUUACCGGAGUGUUAGCGGAGAGAAGCCGAGCGUGUUUGGUACUUGAUAACCCGGCUGGUGUGCAGUGGUGAGGAGAGGGAGAGAUUCCCGGUGCCGGCCUCCAGCCAUCGGAGGGUUUGUUGGAUUCUUUCUCUUUGUCCUUUUUGCGCCAAAAAGAUGGGUUUGUUUGUUUAUUUUUUCCCCCAAAAAAGGAGAAAAGACCCAGACAGACACACAACACAUCUGCGGGACCUUUUAUCCACUGGCCACCUCUUCCCAGCCUCCAACGAAACACUAAACCAGUAACUUUAUAUAUAAAAACAACUUUGAUACGACCGCAGGAAGCACUAUCGUUAGCUUCAUUUUAUGGAUCAUUUCAUUUUAUGGAUCAUGUCUUUUUUUUGCUCUUGGUUUGUUUAUCACACAAGUUGGGGGGGAGUGGGGAAUGGACCCAGGAACCAAUUCUUUAGUGAAAGGGGGCAACUCUUUAGAUCCUAUCCUGUUUGUACAUUUUUUUAUAUGUAGAUUUUCAGUCUGCGCAGGUUAAUCCACCCUCUGGUAUUGUUCACAGAAUGUGUUGAAGAGCAAAUAUGGUUCUACCCAAAUCCAUGGGGGCAAUGGAUCCAUGUACUUGCUGAAUAGUUUGCAAUGUGUCUGGCUCCAAGCCAAUACUGCUGCCCCCCCCCCCCCCACCCCC